AACACACCCAUCACCCAGCAUGGCAGUCAGGUCACCGUCCUCCCUGAUCUACCUCAACAGCUGACCAUCUAAACUUGCAGCCCCUCAGCAGAGCAGCAGCGUGUGGGGAAACGGGGACUUGAAAGUAGGACAGAGCAGCCUGGCCCCCCUCCAUUUGAACCAGAAGCACAGAUCUGUGACAGGGGGAGAGAAGACACUGGUCUUUGGUGGAGAGAGGGAAAGAGAAGCCAUUCUGUGAGGCUAGCUAGCACCAGGAGCAGAAACCCAGUGGACGCAGACUAGUGUCCAUACAUCUGGUGUCAUCGAUUUUGCCCGGCUCCAUCGGCAGGAGAAUCUUUCCAGAGCAGAAGUUGCACCAGCUGGAACUAUGCAUAAGAGUACCAAGAUCAAGAUCGCCGUCUUUGUGCUGUUUGUGGGGAUGGCGUGCAUGUUCACAGCGGUGGUGACAGACCACUGGGCAGUGCUUAGCCCACAAAUCGAGAAGGUCAAUCAAACCUGCGAGGCGGCCCACUUUGGCCUGUGGAGGCUCUGCAAGAAGUUCAUCUACCUCAGCUCGGAGAACUUCGUGGCGGGGCACGGCUGCGGACCCAUCAGUCUGCCAGGAGAGGAAAACUGCACCUACUUCAGACACUUCUCUCCAGGACAAAACACGGAGAUCUUUGAGUACAAAACACAGAAAGGUAAGUCUUCUCUUUCCUGUUUGAAAAAUCAACAGUAA